UUUCCAAUGUAAAAUAUACCCCCAAGGAGAAACCGGCACCGGGUGAUAGGUUACGAUAUCUUAUCGUGCGAAAAUCCGCUCUUCAAUAAUCUACCAUGCGUGCGGUCGCAGACAACGCCGCCUAUUAUGGUGUGUUUUUGGCCAGCGGAUUAUCAUCAACAGUUCAUGCACGAUACCGUUUUAUCGAGUAGCCAGAGGUAGUUAAGAAUGUUUAGUUUAGAUAAAAGUUUGGCACGAUAACAAUAAAAAUUCGAAAAAUGUCUUCCAAAUUUGAAGUAAACUUUGAAGAAAAGCAACAAAUUUGCCCUUACCGUGUUAGUUCACAGUCGUCGGUAGUGGACGAUGCUGAAGAAUUUACGUUGUUAGAAGACCCAUGCAGCAGGUUGACCAGUACCGAUGGUGAUGAUGAACCGCAGACCACCUCAGAAUGGUAUCGAUUGCAAUCUUUCACUUACGGCGUUACGACAUUCCGGGGCAUCGAAGAAUUGCUGCAAUCAGUCGAGCGAAAUCCAUCGGCAAAUGUGGAACUGGAUUUGAAUCGCUGUGGUUACACACACCUGCACGUCCAGAUUGCUUUGGAUGCGUUGCUACGGGGACGCCCAGAGUGUUUGACGCGUUUAGAUUUGUGUCGAAAUCGGUUGCUAAAUCCCGCACUAUCACGUUUGCUGGCAAAUGUGUUGCAAGAUUUACAAACGAUCGUGAAGUUAUCACUUUCCUACAAUACGAUCGACGACGAGUGCAUGAAGAUCCUCAGCCAAGCGUUGUCCAACUCGGGUGUUUGUCUGCUGGAAGCAGCUCACUGUCAAAUUUCCGAUCGAGCUGGUUCAUUGCUGUUCAGUGCGCUGAUCUACAGUGAUUGUAUCGAGAAGAUAGAUCUGAGCUGGAACCAUCUAGAUAUUGCCAGCGGUGCAGCAAUUGGACGCUUUCUUUCCACACAAAAAUCGGUAAAAGAACUAAACCUGACUGGCAAUCAUUUAUACCAUGAAGCACAAUGCAUUGUUCCACUUUUGAUGGGUUCAAUUGGAAAUGAAACACUAGAGCAACUUGAUCUAUCGUGGAAUGGUUUGCGCGGUGAAGAGUUCGGUCGCGCCCUAAUGAAGGCGAUUCCCCAAACCAAACUAAAGCUCCUUAAACUGGAGCAUAAUCUGUUGGGCGCUUCGGAACUGUCCUUUAUUGUACGGAUGAUGAAGAAAAGUGAAACACUUGAGCAACUGUGGCUCGGUAGCAAUAUGCUCGAGGACACCGUAACACUCGAUCUCGUGCGAACCUUUAUACGGCAUCCUGCGUUGAACGUGAUUUCUCUAGGAUCGUUUCACUUCAUCUCACAGACCAUUGCCAAACAGGUUCGAUUGUGUUCGCUCAAAUAUCCCGCCAAAAAGAUCAUCUACCAAGGGAAGCUAAGAGCGAAACCGGCACGUCCGGUGGAUGUGAAGGAAAUGCUACUAGAACGUUGCCGGUUCUUGGCGCAGAAACCGAAGAAGGCGAAACAAAAGCGCGACAUUGGUCACCUGAUGUUGCAGCUAGCAGCGGCAGAAAAUACGAUACUUACCCGUGAAGAAUUUGUGCUCGUGGUGAAACGUUUUCGCGCCAAACUUGAUCGACCACUGCUCGAGUCAUUGAUGGAUGCGUUUGAAGUGCCGAAGAAGCUGGUAGAUACGGGUGCGAUGGCACUGAAAUAUCUUGCCAAACAUCCCACGGAUCCACCAAUCGUUAAGUCAGCUAAAGGAAAGGGCAAAAGAUAAAUGGACACUAGUACAAGGUUUAGGCAUGUUGCCGUUGCCACACUGAACCGGCGCGCAGAGAAGCAUGCUGCAAACACACGCAACAAAAACAAACGCGCAACUGAUUUGCUAAGGA